AUGGUUAAUAAUACUAAUGAAUCUAAUAAUAUAAUAGAUAAUGAAGUAGAUUCAUCUAAAUAUAUUAUGAAAAAUUUUAUAUAUAAUAAUAAAAAUGAUGAAGAAAUUUUAAUUAAAAGAUAUUCACCAUAUUCUUGGGAUAUUGAAUGGAAACGUUUAAAACUUUUAUAUUCUGCAGAAAUAUUAAUAUCUGAUUAUUUAAUAAAUAAUGAUUUAUUACAAACUCCAUCUUUACCAUUAACUAUAAAACUUAUAUUAGUUCCAACUGAUCCUGAAUUUCCAAUUGAAUUAUUAGAUGAUGAAACAAUCAAUAAUCAUGGUUUAAAAGGAAUACCAUUAUCUAUUUAUAUACCAUCUGAUUAUCCAGAAGGAAAUAUUAAUAAUAUAUUAAUUGAAGUAUAUAAAUAUAAUAAUAUAUUUCCUAAUAUAAGAGAUGUUUUCCUUUCAUCAAUUCAAAAAUUUAUAUUAACUAAAUCACCAAUUUAUGAAACUUUAAAAUUAUUAGAUAAAUAUUUAGUUAAUUUUAUUAAAUCUAAUGAAGUCAAUAAUAUUGAUAAUAAUAUAAAUUUCUGGAAUUCUAAAAAACAAAAACUAUUAGAAGAAGCUUUAUGCUAUUAUAAAUAUACUAAAGAUCCAAAAAGAAAAUGGGAUGAAAUUGCUAAACAUGUUGGAGAUGGUAUAACAGUCCAACAAUGUAUAGAACGUUAUAAAUAUUGCCGUUCUUUAGUUAUUAAUAAAAAGAAUACUAAAAUAUAUAUUAAAGAUAUAUCAGAUAAUGAUAUAUCUAAUAUUUCAACUAUUAAAGAUAAAGAUAAAGAUAAAAAUAUAAAUGAUAAUAAUAAUAAUACUGAAUAUAAUAACAAUACAGAAUAUAAUAACAAUAAUAACGAUAAUAAUAAUAAAGAAUAUCACAUAAAUGAAAUUACUAAAUAUUGGGAUAAAUUAAUUUUAAAUGGUUUAGAAUUAAAUAAUAUUGAUUUCAUUAUUAUUUCUACAAUACAAAUACAAAUUUAUUGUAAUAGAUGUUUUGAAAUUAAUCACUUCAAAUCAUUAAGUAUACCAAAUUUAUUUCAAGAAGAAGAAAAUCUUAAAAUUCAAUUACCAUAUAAUAUAAUACUUGGUAAUUCUCAACAAUGUAAAAAAUGUUCAUUAAAUCAUACUAUUAAAUAUGAACCAUUAUU